CUCUCAUGCCCUCCAGUAUCUCGCGUUAACCCUCAUCCCGAGCAAACCAUGAUAGAGCCCGUCGAUCAGAGAAGGCUUGGCGAAAACUCUGGCCUUGACUGGAACGAUGUCACAGAUAGACAACCCGUAAACCAAGGCGAACUUUGUGAAGGCUGCUCUUCAAUUAUGUUGAAUCAACCUGGAACCUACAUAACUCAUCAUAUCGGCGGGAUCUCAAAUAGUUGCCCAUCUUGCAGAUUUAUUGCCAGGAACUUUCAUGAGCUUGGUUUCAUCAAGGACCUGCCGUUGCAGCUUUCUCAAAUAACCUUCCUAGGAACCCCUUCAUUAGUUCUUAGCGACGAGCAAAAAUGUUGUGUCUUGCAAGGACUUGACGGUCAGUUAAGAUCUCGUCCUUUGAAGAUGAAAGCUCAUGCUUGUGCUGUUGAUAGGCACUGAAAACCUGUGGCAACUAAAGAGGCCGCAGCUGUGUACAGAGUCAACAGUUCUCUCAUAUGCGGCUUCUGCUGCUCGUCGCUGGCUGGAUAUAUGCAUCAACGAACACCCACGGUCUCAUAAUCCACGAUGUAGCCCCCCUGUCGAUUCCAUUCUUCCCAAGCGGGUGCUUGACCUGGGGCAAGACGAUUCUCCCACCGUCACUCUCAAAGAAACGCGGAACGACGAAAGAGGGCACUACAUCUGUCUUUCGUAUUGCUGGGGACCUAAUCCUUUCAUCUCAACAACGAUCGAAAAUAUGGAGCAGCACAAAAAAGGAAUCGGCAUCAGCGACUUGCCGAAAGCUUUCAGAGACGCUAUCGAAAUCACUCGCGCACUAAAAUUGCAGUACCUAUGGAUCGAUGCACUAUGCAUCAUACAACAACAUGGCGAAGGCGGUAAGGCGGGUGCUGCCCAUGCCGACUGGAACGAAGAAUUCAGCAAAAUGUCGGAUAUUUACUACAACUCAUACUUGACCUUGGCUCCUUUGUGGGCCAACUCAGUCGAAGAUGGUCUUUUUAGCAAUCAGCCUCAAGGCGUACCUUUGGAGGGGUUGGUGAAGAUGCAUAAAAUGAAGCAUUUCCCUCGCAAAGCAACCCCAGAACACGCCCUUCCAGACUUUCCCUUAUUAACAAGAGGAUGGGUAUAUCAGGAGAGGAUUCUAUCCCCUCGCACACUGUACUUUGGUCGCCAGGAACUUCUUUGGGAGUGCCUGUAUGGUCGUACAUGCGAAUGCGGCUACGCGACCUACAGGCUUCAAGAGGUUGACAAGGGUGAAUUCCAUGAUCAUAUCAAAGAGACUCCUUCUCGGAACUUAGAUACGAAACUGGAUCUUCUCUGGCGAGAAAUGGUCAUACAAUACUCCCACCUGCGACUGACGUACAGUUCAGAUAAGCUACCUGCUUUGUCUGGGCUGGCGGAAGCGAUACGUCGAAAGACUGGGCACGAAUAUCUGGCAGGGCUGUGGAGAGAUACUCUACUCCUUGACAUGUGCUGGUUCAGUACGUCAAACGAGCUGCAAGAUAGGCAAUGGCGAGCACCGAGCUGGUCUUGGGCAUCUGUCAAUGGAUCAAUAGAAUACGAGCAGUAUUUGUAUUGCUGGCCAUAUCUUUCAUCCAACAAUUUUAGAACCUGGGCUCGAGUGCUAGAAGCAAAGUGCUCUUUGAAGGGUGCUUCUGCUACGGGUCAGUUCACAGAUGGUUUUAUCACACUGGAAUGCUCAAUGCUCAGCGCUGUCUACAGGGAUGGUGAACUGCACAUCGAUGACAAGAGGCUAACCUGGAAGCCUGACAGAACUCAUUUCGUCCAGGAACUACAAACAGUGUUUAUUAUUCCAUUAUUGACACUCGUUGAGGGACUACAGAAUAUGCACAAAGGACUUCACGCUCUUGUAGUUCAAAGGAGCAAUACAAACCUAAACCAGAUGGAACGUAUUGGACUGAUAAGUAACCCCAGCUCUUCCCCAGCCUAUACAUAUUUGGUAUCUGGGAGUGUCACUGUAGAGGAAGUCCACAUUAUAUGAG